AUGAUGCUUCCAAUCACCAUGGUUUCCUCCGAUGGAAUUAUUCUGACUCCAAAAUACGCCGAUUCUCUGAAGGGGAAGUACAGAUUUCAACCGGAAGACGGGGUCAUCAUCCCGCUUGAGGGUGUACUAUUAUCGGACCUUCCGCCGGGUAAAGUAGGCAUAUAUGUGAAAACUUUCUAUGCCGGUGACCGCCUUCCCACAACCGACUUCAUGGCUGAGCUUCUCCAGAAGAAUGGAGUUAACAUUUACGAGUUGACCCCAAAAGUUGUUAUGAAGGUUGUGGUUUUUGAGAUUCUUUGCCGUUCUCAAGGAUUGGAGCCGGAUUUCUAA